AAGCAUGAGUGCCUCGCGCUAAAUUUAAGACGAUGUAACUGUACUGCAUGGUGGCGGUCAGAGAAAGGAGCCCGAGUUCUUGACGGCUCUUAGUGGAGUAGACACAAGGCCUGGGGCAAGAUAGAUCAAAGUAAUAACUAGGAUCUGGAGUGCUCCUCCCCACUCAGACGCCUAGUCUAGGAUAAAGACAGGAGCGGCCAUUAGUCACGUUGGAAGAGGCUAGACAGUAUACUGUUUUAAUAGCGGCGAACAGGCAGACUGAAAAGUCAGAUGGAGAAAAUAUCGAAAGCUGACGGUGAUAGCGGCUUAAUUCUUCACGUCACCAUUGAACAUGGCGACAGAGUCUCCAGCCUCCCAUUUAACCGCCGAGAUGCUUGUGACGUUGGAGAUGUUCAAGGAUUCGCCGUGGGAGGAACCGGUCCCCGUUAGUCCCUUCUGGGACAGUAUAGACUACUCGAUCGCUCGCAAUUUCCUCGGCAGCUUUACACACGCCGAACGGGCACAGCUGCCCAUCGACGAGGACAGCACCGCUGACCAGCAAUCCAAGCUUAUACUCCUCCUACGACUCCUGCAGAAGAAAUUGGAUGAAGAAGAAGCUGCCACUUCUCCCCCAUCCAGCCUCUACACCAGCAAUUACCACCAGUGGUACCGAUUAUGGCAAGGGAUCUACGUCCUUCAGGACGAGUUGAACCUGCCCGAGGCGGAACAGACCGUUCGGAUGCUGGUGGACAAGACACCAUACAAAUCGAAUCCAGUACCAUCGCAUAUGCUAGCAGAGCACCUGGUAAAAGUUGGCAAGUACGAAGAGGCAGAACGGACCAAGAGACCGAUCCGCGCUUGGAUGGAUGCCCGGCCGCAUUUGGGGCCGUCCUCCCCACAGGCGCUCAACGCUCGUCGGCUUAUCGCCCAAGCCUUGUGGGGACAGGGACCGUCGAGGCGCUCGGAAGCCGAAGCUCUAAUAGCCGAGAUUCAUUGGAUCGUCGAGGAGAUGGGAGAAGGGCAGUUUGCGGUUUACCAGGCGGAAGAGAGAAGGUUGAACCAGGUGAUGAUGGCCACUCUACAGUGACUCUGUUCGUAUAUUUGGGUGAAUUUCCCUAGUUAUAGGGACCGCCAAUGCCCACUCUCAAUGGCUCGGGCUAUGCUUUCUUCCCCAAUCGUUACUAGGAUGUGCAAAUUGUUGCCAUCAAGCCGUAUGGCAGCUUCCUGUUGCAUGGGCUUGUCGCGCGCCACAUACAAACGUGCGCGUAGGUAGAUACUGAAGAGUGCGGGAAGAAUUUAACGGCGCAAGAACGAGGACUGUCAUACAUGCA